AUGGUGCGGCCUGGGCUUCUCCUGGGCGAUGUGUCCUUGAAUCAUCCUGAGUCACAGGCAUUCUCAGCAUCCAAUCCGCGGGAGACGCUGAACCAAUCCAGUGAGAAGCUGCUUCAAGGGCUGUUGCUGGUGGCUGUAGUGGGCCUUGGACUCCGUGCACUUCUAGCAGCAGUGCUGGCUGCAUGGCUUUGCAUUGCUUGCCAACAUCGUUCUACCAGUCAGGUCGAAGGCAAGGGCCUUGAAGUGGUGCCACUGCUCUUCUUCGGCAAGGUCAUCAUCAAUGUGACUUUGAAGGUCCUUGCGACGACCAGCCAUGGACUGCUGGCAGUGAAGUGGAUCUUGGCAGGGGAGCCAGCUGGAUUUGCCUUGGUGGCCAGCUUCGUCCUAGUGGCGGUGAACACGCAGAUUUUGGUGACAGUCGUGCAAGUGGGGCACCUUCGACAUCUUCUGCUGAAGCUGGGCCUCACCAAGCAAGCACGUGUGAGCUUCGCUGGUGUUGGCAGCUUGUGGCAGGUGCCCGGCGGCAGGGCUUGUGUAGCUGUGAACGGGAUAGCCACGCUGUGCCUGGUGGUGCAUUUGCACCAACGCCCUUGGCAGUUAUUGCCAUGGCUUGCCACGGCUUGCGGAACCCUGGUCUGGGCCAACGCAAGCUUUCAAGGUGUUGGCGUUACGACGUGGAACGACUUGAAACCCAUAGCCACAGAUGAUUCAGCAGUGAUGGAGGCAGAGGAGUUCAUGGAAAGCCUGGGAGUAGCAGAAAGUGCGCUGCCCGACACUGCGUGUGGCAAAUGGCUUGCCUUGGUCGCAAAGAUGUUCACCGUGGGCAAGGAAAACGCCAUUAUGUUGCAGAACCGGCAGGUCCUGAUGCACCACGCUUUCCCUACUAACCCAACCUUUCGCUUCUUUCACGGUGUGGUGAUGGUGCUCUUCAACCUUUGCUGCUUUGGCGUCCCGGCGGCGCUGGUGGCUGUUUCAAUGAUGCAGGUACCUGUGAUCCAUGAUCUCCAGGUCUCUGGUGGGGCGCUUUACCCAUCGCUCAGUCCCCAACAAUCGCACUACUAUGUUCGCCUGAACGAUGGAUGGACAGAGGGAAUCAGCUUUACCUUCGAAUUAGACGUGGGCAAAGCCUCGUCCUUCGAGUUCUGUUGCCCAUUUUGCGUCGAACUCACCGGCAGCGAGCAUGGAAAUUCAUUGAUCCUGAAGUCUGAGAUGCCCAAAGAGAAUUUAGGAACUUGCCAACUGAACCUCUUUGGCCUUCGAUUUCAACAGUACCAAUUCACGGCUUUGGCCUUGCAAGGCCUUGAAAUGGAGAGCCGCCUUGACACAGAGAUCGGGCACUUUGAGCCACCCUUCCAAGCCGGAUUGCAGACAUACGAGUCUUCAUUUGUUUCCAAAUCAUCAGCCUCUAUCUCACUGCGGGUCGUGCUGGAAUUGGACAUGGAGAACACGAAGGUGGGCAGGCAUAGUCUCCUAAACCGGGGAGCUCUCGAGGUGUGCCCGGAAGAGUUGGAAGCUACUAGCGCCGAAGAUUCAUCGUUAUUGGGCGUAGGGAGAGAACGAGCGAUUUUUUGUUUUCCCGAGCUUUGUUUUGCUGACCCAAACAAACCUCGUUGGCGCAAACCAAGCUAA